CAACUGCCGAGACGUUCAGUUCGAUCGAUCGUUUAAGCCGUAUACGGGACUAUCGCCAUGCCGCAGUCGAGCUUCUUUGCCAAGAGCGUGCCCUUCGAGCAGAUCGACAAGCUGGCCAUCAGUGGCGGCUACUCCUCGAUCUUUUCCACCCAAGAGCCGGCAGUCCCAGUGGUGGGCCAGUGGGAGCAUCGCUUCUGCCGCCUGGCUGACACCUUUCAGCCCGUGCUCGAUCGUGUCCAUGAGUUCGAGGUACGUGAGGACGAUGUGUGGAUUGUGACGCUGCCCAAAUGCGGCACCACCUGGAUGCAGGAGCUCACCUGGCUGGUGAUGAACCAGUGCGACUUCGAGACGGCCAAGAGCGUGGAUCUGACCCUUCGAUCGCCCUUCCUGGAGUUCAAUGGGGUUGUGCCCAAUGUCCCCCACGACACGAUGGAGGCAGCCAAUGCCAUGCCAUCGCCGCGUCUAAUCAAGUCCCACCUGCCGGCCUGGCUGCUGCCUCGCCAGAUCUGGACGAAAAAGCCUAAGAUCAUCUAUGUCUACCGCAAUCCCAAGGAUGCGGCCAUCUCGUACUUCCAUCACUGGCGCGGCAUGGUCGGCUACCAGGGCACCAAGUCGGACUUUAUGCACUCCUUCAUCGACGGCUAUGUGAACUUCACGCCCUGUUGGCCCCAUGUCCUCGACUUUUGGCAGCUACGCCAUGAGCCGCACAUCUUCUUCACCAGCUACGAGCGCAUGAAGGCCCAGUUGGGCGACGUCAUCCGAGAUGUGGCAGCGUUCCUGCAACGACCGAUCACCGGGGAACAGGUGGAGCAGAUGACACAGCACUUGUCCUUCGAAAGUAUGCGCGACAAUCCCGCCUGCAAUCAUGUGAAGGAGUUUGAGAGCAUGAAGGCGGCCGCCGGCCGUGAGGUGGAGGAAUUCAGCUGUUCUUCUUCUCACAGAUUCGUUCGUCGCGGUGUCGUUGGCAGCCACAAGGAUGAGCUCACCGCUGACAUCAUACGGGAGUUCGAUCUCUGGUCGGACAUCAAUCUGCGCGACUACAAAUUGAACAUGGAUGACUUUGCAAACUACAGCAAGUAAUCGUCUAGUUAAUCGUUUCGCUAUAAUGUACAUACUCGUAUAUUGUAUAACAUUGUGUAAUAGUCUGUAAGCUGUGGUGAUAUAUGUUUUAUAAAUGAUGGCAUACCCUCUGUCUAUGUAA